GGAGGGCGCGGUGGGACAGGUCACGGUCGGUAGUUGUCGCAGAGAGACCGCCCUUUUCGUUUCGAGGAUCGAGAGGGAGAGGAAGAGGGAGAGAGAGAUGGCUUCUUCGAUUUGAGACCAAGAAAAGAAGAAUAGCUUGCGGCCGAGGAUUCCUCUCUUUCCCCUCUCUAGCUCUCUCCUUCUCUCCCGUUCCAUUUUUCCCUUCUAUUUCUUGCCAUUGUCGCCUUUUGAUGCUAUCUCUCUUUGAUUGGAAGGAUUUUCUUUUCCCUCUAUUAUCGCUUGAAUCGUUUCUUUUUCAAUGGGUUGCGGGAGAAUCCUGUGGAUUCUGUAAGAUGUGAAGGAUUCGGCCGUUGGAAUUGGGGAAUUCGUGUUUGUGUGUUGGGAUUUGAGAUUGGAUCAGGGAAAUCGGGGAUUUGGGGGAUGUAUAUUGAGGAAUUAGCCGAGGGUGAGUCGGGGAGCGGUGGAGGAGGAGGAGGAGGGGAAGAUGAAUCAUCGGUUGCUGGGGUUAAUGGCAAGAAGGUUGGAUUAUUGGAUGCGAAGAGGGCUAUGGUUGGGGUUGGGGCUCUUCUCUUCUAUCCGACUCUUUUGUAUAAUGUCCUUCGGAAUAAGAUCCAGUCCGAGUUUCGUUGGUGGGAUGAGGUCGACCAGUUUUUACUGUUAGGUGCUGUUCCAUUCCCUAGUGAUGUUCCUUGCUUAAAGCAACUUGGUGUUUGUGGAGUUAUCACAUUAAAUGAACCAUAUGAGACUUUGGUCCCUACAUCACUAUAUCUUGCUCAUGGGAUUCGACAUUUGGUGAUACCAACAAGAGAUUACCUCUUUGCCCCAUCAUUUGGAGAUAUAUGUCGAGCUGUAGACUUCAUCCAUGAGAACGCAUCCAGUGGGAAAACAACAUAUGUUCACUGUAAAGCAGGUCGAGGGCGCAGCACAACCAUUGUUCUCUGUUACCUGGUGCAACAUAGGCAGAUGACACCUAGUGCAGCAUAUGCAUAUGUCAGAUUAAGCAGGCCAAGAGUUCUUUUAACUUCUUCACAGUGGCAGGCUGUCCAAGAGUACUACAGACUGAGGGUGAAGAAAACUGGAAUAUCUAGCUGUUUGGACAAUCCAAUUGUGAAGUCAGCGGUGCUAGUCACCACUCAAAAACUCGUGGCUUUUGAUGACAGCUCCUUUGUGGUGGUAUCCGAAUCUGACCUUGAUGGAUAUGAUGGGGAUGUUGCACCAAGCAAUGUGGGGAAUAGCAUAUGGGCAGAGCUUGGCCUAGCAUACAGGGUGCAGUUAGCUGGCCAAGCAGCUUUUGCAAGGUUCUCAUGUUUCUGGCUUCGGUGCCAUGCUCAUCAGGAGACACUGUUGACUGAUAAGAUUGGGAGGGAGAGCUGCUCCUUGGAAGCUGAUCAGCUAGGAAAUGGACAUCCCUGUUUGUUGCAAGGAAUGGUGGUGAAAUUAUAAUCAUGUCUUUUUUUUUUAAUCCUUUUUUUUCUUGUGUCUUAAUUUCCAUAGGCCUUUGUGACAAGCUUUAGCAUAGCUGGGAAAGCAGAAUGAAAAAGACUGAGCUUCUUGUUGCAUGCAUGAGUACAGUUUGUACAUAUGAAAUAAAUUCUACAGCAAUAUGUAAAGAGAUAAUGAAUAGCAUUGUUCAUACUGCAUCCUCUUCCUUGUCA